AUGUCUCGUGCCUUAUCAUCAACACACGUAUUGAUCAAUGAAGAUUUAAUCCCUGCCACCAUAAUAUUCUCCAUUGAAUCAGGUAAGAUUCUUUAUCUCGAGUCACAUAAAAUCAUACCCCAUGAUGAUCCCAUACUAAAAUUAUAUAACGUCUUACCUAAUGAUUAUAGAGAUGUAAGUCCUUUAAUUAUUAUGCCGGGAUUAGUUGAUGCUCAUGUUCAUCUUAAUGAACCCGGUAGAACUGAAUGGGAAGGAUUUGCAACUGGUACUCAAGCUGCUGCCGCUGGUGGAGUCACUACGGUGAUUGAUAUGCCGUUAAAUGCUAUACCCCCUACUACUACUAUUGCCAAUUUUAAUUUAAAGAUUGAUGCUGCUAAGGGUCAAACUUGGGUUAAUGUCGGAUUUUGGGGUGGAUUAGUGCCUGAUAAUUUAUUACAUUUAAAUCCAUUGAUUUCAAUGGGAGUACGUGGUUUUAAAGGAUUUAUGAUUGAAAGUGGAGUUGAUGAAUUCCCUGCUAUUGAUCCAACAUAUAUUUUAAAAGCUAUGAAUCAAGUUAAAGAUAAAAAAACGAUCUUGAUGUUUCAUGCUGAGAUGCAACCUCAUGAAAAUCAUCAAAAAUUAGCUGAAGAUAAGAAAUUUUAUUUACAAGAAGAAGAUGAUGAAGAUGAUGAUCCAACUCCUACUAAUUCUCAACCAAUCUCAAAGAAUAAUAGUCAAAAUGGGUUAAUUAAAUUAUCGAAGGAUAUUGAAGAUUUUAAUUUAGGUAUGUCAGCAUCAUUUAUAAAUCGAGCUCCUAAACCAGUAGUUCAAUUAUUAUCAUCUGAUUUCGCAUCUCAUCAUGAAGAACAUGAGAAUUGUCAUUUACCUCAUAAUCAUGCUGGAUCAAUUGAUCAUUCAGUAUUAUCUGAUGAACAAGCUUUAGCAUUAGCCAAAUCUCCUUUAUUAGCUACCGUCGAACCUACCUUUGGUAAAUAUGCCAAAAUGGCCAAUCAUCAUUAUCAUAAGGAAUUAGAUGAUGUUUAUGAACAUGAAUCUCCGUUUAUUCAAGCUAUGGAAGAAGAAUCAGAUGAACCAUUGGCUCAUAUUGAUGCUACUUCUUAUGCAUCAUUUUUAGCUUCAAGACCCGAUAAUUUUGAAACUACUGCUAUUGCUGAAAUAAUCAAUUGUUCAACUAAAAUCCCUACUGUCCCGUUACAUAUUGUUCAUUUAGCUACUCAUGAAGCUGUACCUUUAAUCAGAGCUGCUAAAGCUAAAGGAUUACCUAUCACGGCAGAAACUUGUUUUCAUUAUUUAUCAUUAUAUGCUGAAAAAAUCAGUAAUUGUUCAACUCAUUUUAAAUGUUGUCCACCAAUCCGUACAGAAGAGAAUAAGAAAUUAUUAUGGAGAGCAUUACGAAAUGAUAUUAUAACUACGGUUGUAUCAGAUCAUUCACCAUGUACGCCUGAAUUAAAAGGAUUAGAAAAAGGGGAUUUCUUUGAAGCUUGGGGUGGGAUUUCAUCUGUUGGAUUUGGAUUACCGAUUUUAUAUACUGAAGGAUUAAAAUUAUCCCCACCCAUCACUAUGACUGAGAUUAAUAAAUGGUGUUCGAUAAAUACUGCUAAACAAGUUGGAUUAAGUCAUUGUAAGGGAAAGAUCUCGAUUGGGUAUGAUGCUGAUUUAUUAAUUUUUGAUCCUAAUGAUGAAUAUGAGAUUAAGAAUCACGAAACUUAUUUUAAAAAUAAAUUGACGGCUUAUAAUGGUAUGAAGUUUAAAGGUCGAGUUAUGGAAACUUUAGUAUUAGGUAAUUCAGUAUUUGCCUUUGGUAAAGGUCAUUCUGAUAUUCCCAUGGGUAAAUUAAUUUUAGAGCCAAGAUUUGAGUGA